AUGUCGAAGAACCCUGAUGGAGACGGGGAUCUUCCCCCCUCAUACAACGAGGCAACGACAUCGUACCACUCAUCGUCAACACUCAAUCACAACUCAUCGGUCUCGACGACCCUCAACAACCUCUCUUCCUUGCUCCGCGAAACGCAAGCUCAGCAGACCGCCCGUGACACCGUCACGACAACAACCCUUCUUCCGCUCCUAACGCCCCACAUCACGUCACUCUUGACACGUCUAGGAACGACUCCUCACCCACCGAUAUCAACAGAGCUCUAUCUCGUGCCCGCUGCAGCAGUCGGUCCAGAAUGGAUCAUCGCUUCAGAUGCCGACCCAAAGGCAGGCCAGGUCGCGGAGGUCAUCCGCGUGGAGCCGGAGCCCGACCCCGCUUCUAAGGGAAGGGGUGACACCAAAGGUCAAAGCACGGGCUCAGCCUCAGGAAAUGCAGUUGCAGGUUCCUCCUAUGAAUUCGACGAAUGGGGCCGCUGGGACGACGACAUCAACGCCGGAUCGUCAUCAUCUAAAGAAGGAGAGUGGUGGUGGAGCGAUGAAGGUCUGGCCCGGCGUCUCGCGAAACGGCUGCAGCCCGAACCAAAACUCGACCGUACCGUCGUCCGUGCCGUCGUAGAACAAGCAAAAGAGGAUAAAAAGGCAGGUCGGUGGGGGCUAUUCAGAGCCGGCGCCGACCCGUCGUCGUCGUUUUCGUCUUCCUCAUCAGGCCCACCGCCACCUCGACAGUUUAUUAAGCCCACGUCUCCUUCCACAACGUUCGAGGAGAAUGUUUCAAUGACGGUGCGCGGGGAAGAAGUAACCUUUCGCCGGGAAAACGAGAUGGGAAUAUGGGAGAGCAUGCGCGGUUUUGGAAUCGUGGUAAGAGUGAGGAUACGAAGGACAUGA